CCGCUGCAUACUCCCAUCCUGCAGAUAAACACACAGACAGAUAGAGAGACAGAAAGGGCAGACAGACAGACAGGUGGAUCUCCUCCGGCUGCAGUGAUGUCAGUGUCGCCCGCCCUCGCCGACCUGUCCCGCCUCUACCAGACGGAGUUUGUGCGUAGCGCCCGUGCAGUCGGCGUGCUCUGGGCCGUGUGCACGCUCUGCUUCGCCAUCAUCCAGGUGGUUGUCCUGGUGCAGCCUUCCUGGAUCGGCACAGGGGACACCCGCCACCUGGGGGCGGGGCCGGCGACACCUAGCGGCACGCUGGGACUGUUCGAGGUGUGUGUGGAGUCAGACUGGCCGGUCCCAGAUUGCCGCGGCAGUCUGUCCAGUCUGUCCCCGCUGCCGUCCUUCCAGUCGGUGGCGGUGCUGGUGGGCGUGUCCCUGUGGGCGGUCUGGACCAGUGUCCUUUGUCUCUGUCUCUUCAGGUUCUGCAGCGCUGCCACCGUCUACAAGAUCUGCGCCUGGCUGCAGCUCACCGCAGGGUUCUGUCUGGCCUUGGCAUGUCUCCUGUUCCCUGACUCCUGGGAGUCUCCAGAGAUGAGAGCUCUGUGUGGAGACUCUGUGGGCAGCUUCUCUCCAGGUAACUGUUCGGUGCACUGGGCCUACAUCCUCGCCAUCCUGGGGAUUCUGGAUGCAGCCAUCCUAGCCACGCUGGCCUUCGUCCUCGCCAACAGACAGGAUGCCCUGCUGCCUCCAGACACCAAAGACGUGACUACAGGUCUGCUGAUGUCAGCGUGAUGUGACCACGAGACAAACAUCCCAACAAGCCUGAAGAAGAAUCUCCUCUUCAUUGUUUUAUAUUUUUAUGUGUCUGUUUAAUUUCAUUAGAUUUUAGAACCAGUAGAACUUCAGAAGAUCAAAAUAAAGUUUAUAUGUUACUUUAUAUUUUCAUCUUUAUGAUCUUGACCUUUGACCUUUGAAGCACAAACAUGGAGCAGUUUUCCCUGCGAUGAGUCUUCCAGGCUGAACGUGUUUAUUAUUAUAUUUAUGUUCAUAGAGCAUGAAACUGUUUGAUUAUCCUGUGUCUCUGUACAGUUUAGCCUCAAAUAAAAUCAAUAAUUUUAUAAA